CCGCUGCGCAGGCGCCGACUCCACCCCCGGCCCCGGCGGCGCUUCCUGACCCGGUGUCGCUGCUGGUGUUCCACCUGCGUGUGUUCCGGAUUCGGUCAGAGGCGGGAUCCGCGUCAGGGAUUCCCGCCCGCCCUAGCCGCCUGAUGCCUGCGCGAAGCGGGGCCCAGCUUUCCCGCAGGGUGGGACAAAAGAAGCAGCGCCUGUCAGAUGCAGAGACGAGCCAGAUCCUGCCUGACGCUGCCAGGACGCCUUACCCCAAGGAGCCCUGUUCGGGGCCUCAUGCCUGCUUGGGGCCACCCACUACCACAGGCCCCCAGCGUAGCAUCUAUUUCUUGAACCAUCCGGCCCGACUGGGAUCUGAGUUUUUCGACCAGCCGGGGGCUCAUCUGGCGCGGGCAUUUCUGGGACAGGUCCUCGUGCGGCGGCUCACAGACAACACGGAGCUGCGCAGCCGCAUUGUGGAAACUGAGGCGUACCUGGGCCCAGAGGAUGACGCUGCACACUCGAGGGGUGGCCGGCAGACAGCCCGGAACCGAGGCAUGUUCAUGAAGCCGGGCACCUUGUACGUGUACACCAUCUACGGCAUGUACUUCUGCCUGAAUGUCUCCAGCCGGGGGGAUGGGGCAUGUGUCCUGCUGCGAGCGCUAGAGCCCCUGGAGGGCCUGGAGACCAUGCGGCGGCUCCGUAGCACCCUCAGCAAGGGUGCCUCUGGCCGGGCCUUCAAGGAUCACGAGCUCUGCAGCGGCCCCUCCAAGCUGUGCCAGGCCCUGGCCAUUGACAAGAGCUUUGACCAGCGGGACCUGGCCACAGAUGGGGCCAUGUGGAUGGAGCGCGGCCCCCCAGGACCUGAGCCAGUUGUGGUGGCUGCAACCCGGGUGGGUAUCGGCUGCAAGGGGGAGUGGGCUCAGAAGCUCCUACGCUUCUACGUGCAGGGCAACCCCUUUGUCAGUAUGGUGGACAGGGCAGCCGAGCAGAUGCAGGCCUGAGCCAAGGGUCUGCUCCAACAGGCUUUUAAUUCUUUAGGAACCAAAUAAAUCCUUUUGUUUCUAGAA